GUGGCUGUAUUAUUGGAUCAGUAUAUACAUGUAGGUACACAGAUAAAUGCUUGACACGCCAAGUUUUAUGCCCAGGAAUCAAGUACCGGAGCUCUAACUGCUAUAUUCCAGGUACUAUAAAACCACAAAGAACCUCAAGAUGAAGCUAAGUGGAGUUCUGUUGAUGGUACUCUUAUUGGGUGUUGGAAGUGAUGCUGAUAUCCAAAAGAUACCACAGGAUUUCAGGGUGGGAGCUCUCCAAGAGACAUCACAAGAUUUCAGAGUGGGAGCCUUCAAUCUGAGGAUCUUUGGACAGAAAAAGAUGACUGACACAACUGUUGUGGCUACCAUCGUGAGGAUCAUUCUGCGCUAUGACAUCAUCUUACUUCAAGAAAUCAGGGAUAGCGAGGGUACAGCAAUUGAUGUUCUUCUGAACUUGGUUAACAGCGUGGCCAGUAGUGAUCCGUAUGCCAUGGUUAUUAGUGAGCGUUUGGGAAGAUCGUUUAGCAAGGAGCAGUAUGCAUAUUUUUACAGGAGUAGCAAGGCACGCUUGGUGAAGGAUUACGUAUACAAAGACCCAGGGGACAGAUUUGAGAGAGAGCCUUAUAUCGCUGUUUUUGAGUCUAGUUAUACUGCUGUAUCUCCAUUUGCCAUUGUUGGGAUCCACACUAAACCCGCAGACGCUUGGGAAGAAAUAAGUCUUUUGGUUGAGGUUGACAAAGAGCUGGGAGUGGAGGAUGUAGUCUUUGCCGGAGACUUCAACGCUGACUGUAGUUACGUACCCAACUAUCGAUGGGAGCAGGUGCCCCUUCGUACCGACCCUCGUUAUAAAUGGCUUAUAGAAGAUGAUGUGGACACUACCGUUUCAAACACAGAUUGCUCCUAUGACAGGUUUGUGAUAGCUGGUGCUGGUAUGGAAUCAUCUGUUCUCCCAUGUUCUGCUGCAGUCUUCAAAUUUGAUACGGAAUAUGAUCUGACACAAGAGGAGGCUUUGGACGUUAGUGAUCACUACCCAAUAGAGUUCACCAUGUUACCCCCUAAGUUUAAGCACAGCAUACCCUCACUGAGCAUUGCAGCCUUCAAUAUCCAAAUCUUUGGAGAAACCAAGUCCGGUAAGGACGAUGUCAUGGACAUCCUAGCUAAGAUUAUGAAUCGCUAUGACUUAGUCUUGAUCCAGGAGAUUCGUGACUCCAGGGAAAAUGAACCUGCCGUAAAGGAGCUCCAAGAUUUGGUGAACAGGAAAAAUCCAGAUCCAUUUCAGUACGUGAUUAGUGAGCGUCUUGGCAGAACAUCAAGUAAGGAGCAGUAUGCCUACUUUUACAGACCCAGCAAGCUGGAGCUCAUUACAAGCUAUGUGUUUGAAGAAACACAAGGAGAUUACUUCCAGAGGGAGCCCUUCAUCGCUCAUUUUAAAUCCCCAACAACAUAUGUGAAAGAGUUUAUAAUUGGUGGUAUCCACACACAGCCUGAUGAAGCAGUGGCAGAGAUAGACAACCUGGUAGAUGUGUACAAUGCCAUCCAACAGAAGUUUGAUGUGGAGAACAUCAUCUUCACAGGAGACUUUAAUGCUGACUGCACAUAUGUUUCUAAGAGAAGAUGGUCUGAUAUUCGUCUGAAGUCUGAUUCUCGUUUCUGCUGGCUCAUUAACAAUGAUGUUGAUACUACUGUCAAGGGAACUGAUUGUGCUUAUGACAGGUUUGUGAUUGCAGGCAAUGAGAUAAAGGAAGGAAUCGUACCCUACUCAGCUACAGUGUUCCGUUUCGAUCUGGAGUAUAAUCUCAGCGAGACAGAGGCUGCUCUUGUGAGUGACCAUUACCCAAUAGAGCUGCACUUGAGAACAUUGACCGAUGAGAAUGAGUUUCGUAAAGCAGAAAUACUGAGUUCUGCAGGACAGGGAGCUCAUCACAAUAUGACAAGGGGAUUCAUCAUGGUCCAGGCAAUGACUGCCAUAAGCUUAUUAUUUCUACAACGUAGCUGAUACAAAGAAAUCAGCUCCAUAUUUUCAUUUUUUUUUAUUUCUUGUGUGUAAUUUUAUAGUAAAUGUCUUGUAGAAGUGCAAAAUAUGCAUUAACAUUUGAUAAUUUGAUUUGAUUUGAUUUGAUUUGAUGAGGUUUAUUGAUGAAGAAUCAAAUUCACAGCUAAAAACUGACACAUCUUGAGUUUACAAAUAAAACUGCAACAUAUGAAAGACAUGUGAAUAGUAUAAUGUAAAAUAGGCAAAAAUGAAAUGAAUACAUUCAGUAAUUCAAUUGAUAUUGUAAAGGGAAUAAAAAGACGAUUAGAAAGAAGAAAAUAAGGAGGAGAAAACAAAGGACAAUAGUGAUAAAAUAAAAAGAAAGAAAGAAGAAGAAAGUCCGGUUAGUAGUAAAAUAAGAGUUUACAGUUGAUGUUAAUAAUAUCAGUAAUUAAAUGCAGUACUGGUAUACAUUUAGAAUUCCAAUAAUGGAGUUGUUUCUGACCAGCAUAACAUCAUGUAGAUAACUUUCGAUUAAUGCAGUAGCCUUGUCAAUAUAACAUUUGAAGGAUUUAUGUAGCGUAUAGAGACAGGGUGCUAUAUUGUAAUUAUUCAUAUUGUUAAGAAUAAUGGUUCUAUGCAAGUAUUUCAGAUUGCUAUGUUAUUAAAAACUGUAAGACAAAAGUUAAUAAGUGCAUACAAGAAGAAGGUUCAACAGUAAUAUAUUUUUUCUCAGGUUUUAUAAUUUCUCAAGAGGGUUUAUAUUUUUUCAACAGGUACAGUUAUACACCUUGUUUAUCCUAUUUUUAGCAAAGCUGAAAAUUUGGUCUGAAAUAAAACUGCAAUUCAUGUCUAUAGCACUAAUAACUUUUAUAAGUACAAGAAAUAUGUAUUUUGUGAAAAUAGUUAUGUUGCAAUACAAUUGUUUACUGGUACAUGUAUAUUUUAAUUAUGCUACAACAACUGCAAUUAUAGCUGUCAUAGAAUUUAAAGUUGUUACAAGUCAAAACUUUUAUUUAAAAAUUAUAUGAAGAACUGUGUUUAUAUGAUUUCAAAUGGAAUCUUAUCUUGACCAAUGGCUCUGAGGCUUGCAUGUGAAACAGGCUAUUACACAGUGAAAGAGGCUAUUACACAGUGGAUUAAAUACCCAUUGUUAUAUUUUUAGUGGGAGAGGGAUUUGUCUCAAGCCCCAUGUUUGGAAACAUUGUGAGAGCAUAUUGAUGCCUGGCAAUGCUGUCAUAAGAAGAAGUCUGUUAAAGUUGCUUUUGAUGUACUGUACUUAAUUGUCAUAUAUGUUCUGGUGGUGAUGCGAGAGGCAUUAGUUUUCAUAAGCUGUCUGUACAUCUGUGUAAUUUUAUUUUAAUUACCAAGACGUUUUAUAGUUAUGCAUCAGUAGGUAGUACAAUAGGCAGUACAAUAGGGGGAUAAACUGAUCAGUCAUUGGUGACGUGGAGAUACAGAUCUUGAGUUUGUGAUUCUAUAGGUUUUGUAUGCUCACACUAUUCUAAAAACAAUACUGGCCCAGUUUCUUUCAAAACCAGUAUGCAAUAUAUAGGAAGAGUAUUUUUUUUGUGUUAAGCAAAUAUCUGACAGGAUUAUUUCAUAUUUCUAUGCACUUAAAAACCUUACACUUCUUAUCCCAAGUCAAAUGUUCAAGCGUCUGGACUACCACCCCCCCCCCCUUCAUAUCACAGAUGGGUGAUUGGGAUACAAUGUUUAUUUGUGGCAUCAUGUCAUUAUGUCAAUGUUUGUAGGUAAAUUAGAACAUAAUAUGAAGGUCCUGUCAUAUUCCACCUACAAGAACCAUUCCCCCAUUUAAUAUAUCAGAAUGUGAUCAGAACUAGAUUAAUUUGGAAAAGUGCAAGCUUGCAUGAAAGUGGGUAAUUACGUAUUUAAAGACCUUUGUACUAUGGAGACCCCCCCCCCCCCCCCCACCACCACCACCACCACCACCACCACCACCACCACCACCACUAUCCCUCCUCCCACAUACCCUAUAUUGUACAAGCUCAUACACUGCUUUCAUCUCUAGGCUAGGAGAAUGAAUUCCAUAUAUUUGUUCUCUAUUUUUUGGUAAAUGUUUGUACUCGCACUACCACAGGAAUAGAUUCUAGGUAAUGUUUAUAUAUAUAUAUGUCUUAUUUCAUAUUCUUUUCAGAUAUUUAAUCCAUGGUGCUUUCUCCAAGACUUCUAAGAUUAUGUAUGUGGUAUAGUGACUGGAGUCUUGCUUAAUCAGACUUCACUUUUAACGUAGUACUCAUUUCUCUCAGGUGUCAUUCUGUACACUAUAUGCAUUGUUUGGGAUCAGCAUUAUUCUUUUAUCUUUUUUUCAGGGAAUAUCAUCAUGUGUGUGGUAUAAUCUUUUAGUUUUUGUCUUUCACUCAAAUCCAUCUAUUGGCCUCUAUGAAAAUGUUGUCUUUCAGUACUUACUACAGCGUUAUCAGCUACAUACAUAUGAUAUUUUAUGAUUUCCUGUCCAUUUUAACAUAUUUUUUUCUCAUUCAAAUUCAUCUUUGUGUAUUUCAGUUUCGCCCUAGAAAUCUGGGGUUGUGCAAAUGUCAUAAGUUAAUCUAGUCAUUUUUCUUUCAAAUUCGUCUAUGUGUAAUCAAUUUCGAGAGAGUUUCAUUCAAAUUUGGUGCAUACACAAGACCUUAAAACGAAGGAGUUACGAAUUUGAAUGACGCUUUGACGAAUCGAUUGGAAACUGAUGAAAUUGAUUCUGACGAAAUUGUUUGCAAAAUGAAUAAAUUGAUUGGACAAGGUGAGAAGAAGAAAAAAACAAUUUUCAAAGAUGAAAUUAACUGAGAUGUGCAAAAUUAGAAAGUUUGGUAACGGCAUUGAAUGAAAAAAUGUGUUAAAAUGGACAUGGAAACAAUAGUCUAGUGUCGUCAGCUGUAUUAAUAUCAUUGAAAAUGAACUUUUCUGCAGGUCAUGUCAACUCAGUCUUUCUUAUUGGCCUGUAGCUAAUAGACUAUGCAGGAAAAUAGAGUACGUACCAAGGCAAAUUUAAUGAAAUUACAAUGAAACAAUAUAUGUAUAACUAUGUGAACAGGAAACAUAGGAUCAAACUCAUCUAUCAUAUGAUACAACUUAAAUUGCAUCCCUAAACUGAAAGUGAUUCAAAAAUAGAGUAUACUAACCUACCAAUACGAAUUUAAUGCAAUUACAAUGAAACAAUAUAUUUAUUACUAUGUGAACAGGAAACAUAGCAUCAAACUGUAAUAUCAUAUAAUAUAACUUAAAUUACUAAACUAAAAUUGAAUUAAUGGUAUAAAAUAAAUCAUGUGUUUACAAUCUUUCGCUUUGUUGAAUUUGUGAAAAGUAUGUUAUGAUUUUAAAGACACUCGGCAGGUGUGUAUAUAAUGUAUGAUGUUGCUUUAUGUGUUUAUUGUAUUCUUUUUUUUACUUGUACUCCAUACAAUUUUCUAUUUGUGUUUGUGUGUGUUAGUUAUAUGACUACUAUGUCAUUUGUUUAUGUGUAUUAGGUGAUAACUUCUUGUGGGAUGAUUCCAUUAUGUCUUGGUGUAUGUAUUUGUGAUAAUUGUAGACAAGUUUCGUGAAGUAUUAUUAUGUCGUGUCAACAUUGUCAGUGGCAGUCUUGAAUAAUGAAGUGAAUUCCUAACUGAUUUGAUUCUACGUUACAUGAAAUGUUUUCGGGAGCUAUUUACUCAUCUUAUACAUUUGAAUUCUUUUGUUUUAUGCAUAGUUGGUAUGACGUUGUUAGAUGUGGAUGUAUCGGUUCAUGUAAUAAGUAAAUCUUGAAUUAAAUCGUGAAGAGAGUCAGAAGAAAAACAAUAUGUACUGAAUUUUUAGCUCAACAAAAACUCAUCAUAGAUCGACUAUGAAAGAAGAAUAAUUCUAUAUCGGGUAUUUAAAUGUGUACAGUACUAUUAUUAAUGAUGUAUUUUCAAGCUAUAAGUUGACCAAAGUGCCCUCUCCCAUUCCAUCUCGUGAUGUCAACUAAGUCUUUCUUAUUGGUCCGUAGCUUAUAGGCUAUGCAAUUUUUAAUGUGAUACCAUGAUUAUUUCAUACGAAGGAUAGAAUGCCAUGGGUCUUUGAAACAGUACAUUAUGCAAUGCACCUACAGUAAACAACUAAAUUGUUAAUUUCCUAGUUUGUAAAUUUGAUGUUUUUUGUGUUUUUCCGCAACUCAAGGAUAAAAGAUGGACUGGUUUAAUUACAGGACCUUUGUUGAAUACUUUUAGAUGUAAGCUUCAAUAUGUCACAUGCUCAGAUCAAAUCAAAGUUUGGCAAGAGUAUGAAUAAUUUGGUUGUUAAACUGUAUGUAACAGUAACUCUAUUGUAAUGGAUGUCAUGUGGAUGAAAUCUGCCAUAAGAAUAUGUAAUAAAACUUCAAUUUACGAUACAAAGA